AUGAAGUUCUCAAGCGUCCUCACCUCCACGGUGAGCAUCCUCUCCCUGGGGGUUGCAGUGGAGGGUUUCUUUCACUCUCGAAACGACGCCGUUGCUCCUAAGUCACCAUUCAGACCUCUCCCACAUAGCUACCCUCGCAAGAAGGUCUGCCAUGUGCGCAGUCAUGAUGACGGCUCCGACGAUUCCAAGUUUAUCCUCUCUGCAUUGCACCAGUGCAACCACGGCGGGAAGGUUGUCUUCGCGGAGGACAAAGAGUAUACCGUCGGUACAGCGUUGGACUUGACAUUCCUGAAGCACAUUGAUCUGGAAAUUCUCGGACGUGUCGUUUUCACCGACGACACAGACUAUUGGCAAGCCAACUCCUUCAAGCACGGCUUCCAAAAUGCCACUACCUUCUUCCAGCUCGGCGGCGAAGACGUAAACGUUUAUGGCGGCGGCACUCUCGACGGCAACGGACAGAUCUGGUACGACCUAUUCGCAGAAGAUGCGCUGAUUCUACGCCCGAUUCUGUUCGGCGUUAUAGGGCUUCACGGGGGCACCAUUGGACCAUUGAAGCUGCGCUACUCACCACAGUGGUACCAACUUGUUGCGAACUCAUCGGAUGUGCUCUUUGACGGGAUCGAUAUCUCCGGGUAUAGUAGUAGUGAGAAUGAGGCCAAGAAUACUGAUGGCUGGGAUACGUACCGGUCAAAGAAUAUUGUUAUCCAGAAUUCGGUUAUUAAUAAUGGUGACGACUGCGUUUCCUUCAAGCCAAACAGCACUGACAUCCUCGUCCAAAACCUCCACUGCAACGGGUCCCACGGUAUCUCUGUUGGCUCCCUCGGCCAGUAUGUGGGCGAGGUUGAUAUUGUGAAGAACAUUCUCGUCUACAAUAUCUCUAUGUAUAACGCAUCUGACAUGGCCCGCAUCAAGGUUUGGCCUGGAGUCGCAUCUGCCAUGUCCGAGGACCUCCAGGGCGGUGGUGGUCUCGGCUCCGUGUCAAAUAUCACAUACGAGGAGAUGUACAUUGAAAAUGUGGACUGGGCAAUUGAAAUAACGCAAUGCUAUGGGCAGAAGAACUUGACGUUGUGUAAUGAGUAUCCGAGCAACUUGACCAUCUCCGACAUUCAUAUUUCCAAUAUGUACGGCACGACUUCCGAGGCGCAGGAUCCGAAUGUUGGGACGAUUGUUUGUUCGAGUCCGGAUGUGUGUUCGGAUAUCUAUGUCGAAGACAUUGAUGUCGUUAGCCCAAGCGGUACGAACGACUUUGUUUGCACGAAUGUUGACGAGAGUCUUCUGCAGGUGAACUGUACCUCUGGGUAA